GCGGUCUGUGAUCUCCACUGCAUUCUCCAUCACUUCCUUCUCGGCAGCAAGAGCUUCCAUCCAGCCAACGCCCAGCUCCUCCGGGCCUAAUCUGUUUGCUCAUGGCAUUCGGCUGGAGGUGACGUUUCGCAGCAGCGCUGCCCCAAAAUCCGGCCAACCGUCCCCCGAGAUCCAACUUCGAUUCGCCGAUCGCCGAAGAAAUUGUGAUGGUUCGCGGCCGCAUCCCCGCCGCGGUGCUGAGUCGCCUCGCGCCUCGCUCGAGGCCGCUGCGCCUGGUCUUCACCCCGUAUGUCAAAGCCUCUUCGGCGGUCCAGUUAGGCUACCCGCUGGUUCCUGCGCGCAAUUACGGUACGACGCGGAACGACGGCGCUGGCGGCGUGCAUGCGAAUGAAGCUCAGGAAAGUGCCCGGCACGAUGCGGCGGCAGACUCGGCUGCCGCCACGGCAAGGACGGACGCCAAAUCGGCUCAAGGGCUGGCGAAAGAAGCUACCACCUCGUCCAUCGCCGGCUCCUCGGUAGUCAGCGAUGUUCAGGAUUGGGAGUACGACCCGAACAUGAAGGUCGAAUCGUUCAGAGACCUUCCUCAUGCCAACUUUGGCGUCAACCAGCACAUCCCCUUCGAUGCAGAGUUCAAGGAAGUCUUAAAAGCAAUACCCUGGCAGUUCCGCGCUCCGAUCCGCUAUGCUUUUGCCUACGGCUCCGGUGUGUUCCCUCAGUCUAAGCCUAGCGGCAAGACCGCCACCGAGGAAGAGAUUCGCUCGGUACAUCCGAAGGCGCCGCUCGCCGUGCAGAGAGCUCAGGACGGCACGCCAAAGAUGAUUGAUUUCAUUUUCGGUGUCUCGCACACACAACACUGGCACUCUCUAAACAUGAAACAGCAUCGGGACCACUACUCUUCGCUCGCCAGCCUCGGUUCCGGUGCUGUCUCGUAUGUUCAGGAUAGGCUGGGCGCGGGUGUCUACUUCAACCCGUAUGUCGUCGUCAACGGCAUCCUGAUCAAGUACGGCGUGGUGCAACUAAACACCCUGGAGAAGGACCUGACACAGUGGGACACGCUCUACCUGGCGGGGAGGCUGCAUAAGCCGGUCAAGAUUCUCCGGGACGACCCGAAAAUCAGACUAGCGAACCAGAUGAACCUUCUCUCGGCCUUACGAACAGCGCUGUUGCUGCUCCCGCCGAAUUUCACGGAGGAGGAGCUGUACGGUACGAUCGCCGGCAUCAGCUACCUCGGCGACCCGCGCAUGGCGCUACCCACCGAGAACCCACGGAAGGUUAAAAACAUUGUGGGCAACAACAUGGCCAACUUCCGGCGUCUCUACUUGCCCCUCAUCGAAACGCUGCCCAAUGUAGCCUUCAACGACCCCGGCGUCAGCGCAAAGGACUGGAUCUGGGACGAGACCAAGAACCUCAGGCUUGCACAGGAUAUGGACCCCGUCAGGCGAGGCAACAUGGUGCGGCGCUUGCCCAAAGCGUUUCGGUCCCGUCUGUAUUUCCAAUACCAAAAGAAGCUGGCCAUCCCGUCGGAAGAGUUCCGCAAAAUGAUGGACGAGAGCAAGCAUGAAGACUCCGUCGCGUUCAAGAGACGCGAAGGAGGCGGGUUUGAACGGCGCAUCGCCCAGGACGAUCCCGUCGAACUCCGCAACUACAUCCGGACCGUCAUCAAGCAGACCAUCGGCUGGCCAGCAACCACACAGUCUCUCAAGGGGCCCCUGACCAGCGGGUUCCGGCGUACGUGGCGGUACUUGCGGGAGAAGAUAGACAAAUACCGUCAGGGCAGGCGGGCAGAAAAGGAAAAUGCCGCCAAUGGCCCCGAAAGCACAAGCGGCAGCGAUGGCAGCGCAUAGGGGCCGUGAAGAGAAACCCUUUCUUGAGCGUUAUGACUGGUUAGCAAAAAGAGCAUGUCUUCUUAUAUGUAUAUGUAUGUACGUAAUUUGUGUGGCAUGAUGAUGGCACUCGGGUACAGGACUAGACCGGUGAGUGGCGUUGUUUAUUUUUUUUCUUUUUUUAGCUCGGGUUAUCAUAUGGGCUCGGCAAACAGCAUAACGUUAAUAAUAAACAGAGACGUGUUGGCUUCGGUAGAGAGAGCACUCUUCUACUUCUUAGCCUGCCCUUCCAAACCAUUCGCGUCACACGCUGCGGGAUGCAACGGCGGUCUGCUCCGUAUAAUUAGAAAACCACCAACAAAAACGUCGGUCCAACUCGGUGAUAAAGUAAUUAGCGAGUAA